AUUCCCGCUUUCGGACCCGUUCUUAUUCGGACAAUCUCUCUUUUUGCGUUCCUUUUCUACUCCCCCUUCGAGUUGACCACUGUCUCUCUUUCUCCCAUUCGUUCCGAUUCCGAUCUCUUCUUCUUCUUCUUCUUUCGUAGAUCCGCGGCAUUUCUAACCCCGCCUCCCGAUCCAUCUUCCCCUUUGGUCCUCGUUUCUGUGGAAUUCUACUUCCGUUUUGGUCAAUCGAUCUUGGUCUAGGCGCAUCGGUCUCGGAUUUGUUCCAUUCUGUCGUCGCGGGAGCACAUCCGGUCGGCUGAAUUGUUCUUUGAAUGCCAGUUUGGAUUAGGAUUAGGUGGAACAGUGAUUGAAUUACUUGGUUACACGAUUGCACACCUGUUCUGCACCAUGGAGGACGACGACAAACAUGAGAAGAGUUUGAUUGACUCAUCAACCCCUGAGACUUCUGCAACUGAUCCAAGUGAUGCUCUUGGAGAGGGUGAAGGAUGCCUAUCAGUUGCUAUUAAAUCUGUGAAUGUUAGUGAAGAAGGUGCUGAACUUCAGGGUGAGAACCUACGUGACGGGUUGAAUCAGCACGAAUAUGAAACGGAAAAGCAUGAUCAAAGCACAGAGCAUCAGGUUCAUGAAAGUAGAAAUUUGGAUAUAAAGGAUUUAAAAGAAGUAAAACAUGGUUCAGAGGAAGUUUUUGUUGAAGAGAAGGAAACAGACCCUGUUUUUGACGGAACCGAGACUCCUGAACUAGAAGCAAAUUUGGAAUUUUCAAGUCAAACUUUUGAUCUUGAUCCAGAUGUGCAAGUCAAUGCUUGGCCUGAAAAAGCCGUUGCACUGAAAAACUUUGUCAAGGAAAAGGGCUCUAUUGCUGUUUCCACAGUGCUUCGUCGCCUUUCUGGGAAAAAUGAUGAAGGGACUGCUGACACAGAUGAAAAAACUGAAGGUUCUGUAAAACAUGAUAAUGGAAGUUCUGAUCCCAGACAGAAAGAGGUCUCACAGAAAGUAAGAGACCAAUCAGCAUGGAACCCUCUAAACUUUAUCAAGAUUGGGCGUAAUGUGGUCACUGAUAGCAAAACUGGGCAUGUCGAGGACACUGUUUUUGGAUGUUCCACCGAUGGGCCGACCAUGAGGGGCAGAAUUAUGGUGUAUACAAGGCUGGGUUGCCAAGAUUGCAAACGAGUUAGGUCUUUAUUUCGUCAGAAGAGACUAAGAUUUGUUGAAAUCAACAUAGAUAUAUUCCCUACUAGAAAGUUUGAGUUAGAGAAAAUCACAGGAUCUUCUGCUGUUCCAAAGGUGUUGUUUAAUGAUUUUCUUGUUGGGGGAUUAACUGAACUUGAGACUAUGAAUGAUUCAGGACAGCUUGAUGAGAAAAUUAAAGGUAUUUUCAGUGAAGAACCUCCACCUACAGCUCCUUUGCCACCAUUGCCUGGUGAAGAUGAUGAAUCUGGCAGUGGAAAGGUUGAUGAGUUGGCCUCAGUUGUCAGGAAAAUGAAAGAGUCAAUCAUUCUUAAAGACAGAUUCUACAAGAUGCGAAGGUUUAGCAUUUGUUUUCUUGGGUCUGAAGCUGUGGAUUUUCUGUCUGACGAUCAGUAUUUGGAAAGAGAAGAGGCAGUGGAAUUUGGAAGAAAGCUUGUCAGCCAACACUUUUUCCGGCAUGUUUUGGAUGAGAACAUAUUUGAGGAUGGAAACCACUUGUAUCGGUUUUUGGAGCAUGAUCCAGUCAUCAUGACUCAAUGUUACAAUAUUCCAAGGGGCAUGUUCGAAGUUAAACCCAAGCCUGUCACUGAAAUAGCAUCAAGGUUGAGGUUUCUAUCUUAUGCAAUCAUUGAAGCAUACAUGUCUGAAGAUGGAAAGCAUGUUGAUUACUGGAGAAUCCAUAGUUGUGAGGAAUUCAAAAGGUAUUUGAGAAUAAUUGAAGAGCUUCAGAGGGUGGAUUUAGAAUCCUUGUCACGGGAAGAAAAGCUUGCUUUCUUCAUUAACCUCUAUAACAUGAUGGCCAUCCAUGCAAUAUUGACGUGGGGUCAUCCUGUUGGGGCUUUGGAAAGGAGAAAGUUCUUUGGUGAUUUUAAAUACGUCAUUGGGGGUUGUGCCUAUUCGCUAUCAGCCAUCCACAAUGGAAUCUUGAGGGGAAAUCAACGGCCACCAUACAAUCUCACCAAGCCUUUUGGACAGAAAGACAAACGCUUAAAGGUUGCUCUUCCAUACCCAGAACCAUUGGUUCACUUUGCCUUGGUGUGUGGCACAAGAUCUGGGCCUGCACUUAGGUGCUACUCACCAGGAAAUCUCGACAAGGAACUGAUGGAGGCUGCCCGUGAUUUCAUAAGGAACGGAGGAGUGUCUGUGGAUGCUGAAGCCAAGGUAGCAUCCGUAACCAAGAUCUUGCAGUGGUAUAGCAUGGAUUUUGGAAAAAAUGAGCUCGAGGUACUCAAGCAUGCAGUGAACUACUUGGAUCCGGCAGAAUCCGAGGAGAUCUUGGAAUUGCUUUCAAAAACUCCGAUGAAGGUAAUAUAUCAACCCUAUGACUGGGGCCUGAAUGAUUAGGAACUCAUCUUCUUUGUUCAUCUCUCACACCAUAACUUUCUGGACUAUACAUAUCCUUGAGAAAAUGUUGUUCUUUUAUAUCAACAAAAUUUAUUAAAAGUAGAUCGUCUAAGAUUUCAUUGGUACA